AUGGCGCACGGCCCGUUAGGACGACGUCCUUUUAUUUCUCAUGCAACGCAUGGAGGCAAUGGAGAAGCGCUUCUAAACGGAAUUCAAGUCUCUAGCCACUGGUAUGACCCCUCCACCGACUGUUCCAUCAAAAAAAAAAAGCUGCAGCCCCGUCCUCUACUAUACGAUAUGAGGACGGGCAACAGGCCCCAGGAGGCCACCCCUGCCCCUGAGCCAAAGCCAAAGCCAAAGCCAGAGCCAGAGCCAGAGCUAGAGCCAGAGCCUAAGCCAGCCUCUACCCCAUCAGUCUCCGAGGAGGACAGCAGGGGGAGGGGGAUGCGAUGGUCCCUCGGGCGAUCAAUGAAGCGUCUCAGAAAGCGGAUGCCGAGCUUUGGACGCCCAACUGGAACCCGUGACAGCCACAGCCCCAGUAACAAAGUCUGGUAUAUCGUGUUUGCAUUGUCGUGGGAGCUUUUGCGCCAUUCGAAUGGUUGUGUCAACCGGCAGCUAUCAUUCAUACUAGGGGUUCACUAG